AUGGCUAGGAAUCAGGGGGUUCUCCACUCAGAUCCACAGACGACUCCUCAGAAUCUGCUGUCUUCAUGGCUUUCAAACUCAGGUGCCCCUUGUAAUAAUGUGAGGCCAGCAUCCCCUUCAGUGACACUAACUCUGUCCCAAUCGCCAUUGCCACUUCCAUCUUCAAUCCCGUGGCUACAAGCAGAAAGGGAAUCUGAGAAUACUCCUAUGAUGUUGAGCAGUUUGCUAUCUCAUGGAGCGCCUACACCACGUGGAAAGAAUGGGAUGGUGUCUGAGCUGGUGGGAUGCUGCAGAGAAUUGGAUGAAGGGCACCGCGCAUGGGCAGCUCAGAGGAAGGAAGCGGCUUGGAGGCUUAAAAGGGUAGAGCUGCAGCUGGAAUCAGAGAAGAUGUCUAGGAGGAAAGAUAUUAUUAAUGAGUUUGAUGCAAAGGUGAAAGCUCUUAGAGAAGAGCAGAAAGCUGCAUCAGAUAAAAUUGAAGCUGAAUACAUGAAACAGCUGGCUGGAUUGAGGAGAGAUGCUGAAGCUAAAGAACAGAAGUUAGCUGAUCAAUGGGCUGCUAAACACUUGAAUCUGACCAAGUUUAUUGAGCAGAUGGGAGGACACCGACAUUGCUGA